GCUUUAUACACGAAACAGUGAUAGCGGUUCGUAUAUUUUUGUAAGACGUAAAAUUUAAAUAUCUACAAUGUCUGACGCAGCAUCUACCCCGGUCAAGACCCCGAAGAAGAAGACUUCUAAGCCGAAGACUCCAGCCAGUCACCCGAAAUACAGCCAGAUGAUUAAAGUGGCUAUUGCGGCGUUGAAGGAGAGGGGUGGGUCCUCCCGCCAAGCUAUUCUCAACUACAUCCUCAAGACUUACAAAGUGAACGACCCGAAAACCGUGAACCAGCACUUGAAGAUGUCCCUGCGUGCGGGCGUCAAGAACAAGACCUUGAAACAGUCCAAGGGGACCGGGGCGUCGGGCUCGUUCCGUCUGGGUGACGUGAAGCCCCCCAAGGCUAAGAAACCAGCGGCCAAAAAAGCGAAGAAGCCCAAGGCAGCUAAACCAAAGAAGGUCAAGAAGGCAAAAUCGCCCAAGAAGACGAAAACCGCCACGCCCAAGAAACCCAAGGCAAAGAAAUCGCCCAAGAAGGCCGCCGACAAGCCAAAAACCGCCAGGGUCGCCAAACCAAAAGCAACAAAAGCAGCUAAACCGAAAGCGACGAAGGCGGCUAAACCCAAGAAGGCGAAAAAAGCUAAGACCCCAAAGAAGGCAGCAAAGAAGUAAAUGUGUGAUUAGUGACUGUAAAUUUGUGUACAAACUCUGAUCAUCAACGGAUUGACACGAGUUGUGACAUUUUGACUACCGCACCAGCCAUGGAGUAUUGUGACAUUUCAUCUGAAUCGUGUCUGCAGACUGCAUCAUCGAAUCAACAUAAUCUUUUUCAUCAAACACUACAUUUCCUUUGAAGUUUGGUGAGGAAAGGACUGAACUAAUCAUUUGAGGUGUUGAUUGUCCAGCCUUUGUGGUAAAAAUGACUUUCCUUUUCUUGAUGUACAUAUAAUUGAUCAUACGAGAGAGACUCCUCCAGUGUACAUAAUCAUCCCGAUACAUUGACGAUCAUCCAGCUGAACGUGUACAAACUCGUGUGUGCAAUUACCGGACUUGUUUUAUACAUUAUCAUAGUGCUUCAUGUUCACUGUAUUUAUUUGCACGCUGGUCGUGCGAAUGGGUCAUGCUCAUUAAAUCAUUGUAUAUAUCCAUCGGCAA